GUGCGUGAGAGAGAGAUAGAAAACGCGAAGAGGGGUUUCAAUUGUUUCUUUUCCGUUUCGCUGCAAAUCGAGAUAGAGAGAGAAAGAGAGAGAGAAUAGAGAGAGAGAGAAAAGAGAUAGAUAUUGUGAUCGCUCAUCGUUGUUAGUUGCGGCGGAACCCUAACCAGGGGAUCGGAGUGAGGAAGAUGAGCGGCAAAGUUGGGGGACAGAAAGGUUCAUCGUUGUCGGGUAUUCCGGCGGCGAGUCGGAAAAUGGUACAAAGCCUGAAAGAGAUAGUUAACAACAUACCAGAUAACGAGAUCUAUGCCACUCUCAAAGAAUGUAACAUGGACCCUAACGAAGCUGUUAGUCGUCUUCUAUCUCAAGAUCCUUUUCACGAGGUUAAGAGUAAACGAGAGAAGAAAAAAGAGGGUAAGGAUACAACAGAACCAUCGAGGUCCCGAGGGACUAAUAACUAUAAUAAUAUAUCCAGUCGCGGCGGUGGUGGUGGUAGGACUGCCACUGACCGCUAUGUUGGGCGUGGUGGUGGGGGUGCAAGUUCAACCCAAUUCAGUAAUAGUGAUUAUGGUCUCCCACAGGGUAAACCUGUAUUUAAGAAGGAAAAUGGAACACCUGCUUAUGGAGGCUCCAUGUCUUAUGCAUCUAGUGUGAUGGACAAUAAUUUAAACAGGCAGCUACCGUCACAGCUACCAUCUUACAGUGAUUCUGUUGGUGGCAGUGAUGGACUAUCUUCAUCACAACAUACUGGAUUGCAAUCUCCAUGGAUGGUGAGCCCAGGUCAAGUGUCAAUGGCUGACAUUGUCAAGAUGGGUAGGCCACAGGCCAAGACCUCCGUGCCUAACUCUUCUGUUCACAGUGGUAAUCAUCCGAAUGUUUUUUCAACCCCAGCAACCUCACAUCACAACUUGAAUGUUAUGGAGACCAAUAAUGAUCAAAGCUAUGUUAAUAACCCCAAUGUUCAACAGAAAGAUGAGUGGCCUUCUAUUGAGAAUCAAUCAACAGUUCCUGUAUCCUCUGUUGUUGAUGCCCAUCAAAGUUCUGAGUAUUAUACAAACUCAUCUACCUUUGCUGAAGCUAGUAGGCAACUGAAGAACCAUGAAAAUGAAUUUGUUGCUGAAGAUGGCCCUGUUGAGAAUGAGAAUCACGACAGUGUUGGAUCUGCUUCUAUUCCCGCUAAAAUUAUAUCUGAUGAUAAUCCAGGAAGUGCUUCUGCAUUUGACGAUAGUUUGUAUGAGGACCUGAAUUCUUAUCAGUCUCAUCGGCAUCCUUUUGAUGAUAAUGAAGGUGAAAAUGGUGUUUCAUCAGUGGCUGCAAACUUAGAGCAGCUAAAUAUACACACAGAUGAUCAAGGGACAGAACCAGAGGAGGACAAUUCUGAUGUACUUAUUCCAAAUCAUCUACAACUCCAUACUCCAGAAUGCUUUAGUCUGAGCUUUGGUAGUUUUGGAUCUAAACAAAAUGCUGCCACUGUUUCUGAUGCUGGAACACAUGCAUCUGGUGCUGGAACACAUGCAUCUGGUGCUGGAACACAUGCAUCUAGGCCCUUACAAAGCAACUUGGAUGAGGCUUCCGGAGCUAAUGAUGUUUCAACUAUUGGGUCCUCAGAUGCCAAAAAUCCCGACUACUAUGGGGAGGAGCAUAUUACUACUACAUCAGAUGGGAAUAUAGCCCACAUAACUGGUGUGGAUGCUAGGACAUAUGAACAUUCUUCCAUUUCACAACCAGAAGCUUUGAAACCGGAAUCCUCUGAAACUGCUCAGGAAAAUCAAUAUUCAUUUCCUUCAUCUUCACACGAGUUUACCUAUGAAAAUGCCCAACAACCAGAUCUUACAUAUCCUCAUUUGCAAGCAAGCUCACAUAUCCAGAACCUAUCUCCUUUCUCCAGUGUAAUGGCAUAUACAAAUUCUUUGCCCAAUGCAUUGUUGGCUUCAACGGUUCAAACAGCAAGGGAGGAUAUCCCGUAUUCACCCUUCCCUGUUACACAAUCAAUGCCUGCAAAAUAUAGUAACAUGGCUUCAUCAAUUGGUGGUCCUAAUAUGAACAUGUCAGAGGCUUUAAGGGCAAACAACAUUUCGACGCCUCAAGCUCAACCCAAUCAACAAGCUUUGCCUGGUGCUGGUAUUGCCACUGGACCUUCACUUCCUCAACACCUUGCCGUGCAUCCGUACUCGCAGCCUACUCUUCCUUUAGGGCAUUUUGCUAAUAUGAUUAGCUAUCCAUUCAUGCCUCAGAGCUAUACAUACAUGCCAUCGGCAUUUCAGCAGGCUUUUGCUGGGAAUAGCACAUACCACCAAUCUCUGGCAGCAGUGCUUCCACAAUAUAAAAACAGCAUUUCUGUCAGCAGCUUGCCUCAGUCUGCUGCUAUUCCAUCGGGAUAUGGUUUUGGAAGUUCUACCAGCAUUCCUGGUGGAAAUUAUCCUUUGAAUCCGUCAGGUGCCCCUACCAGUACAACCAUUGGAUAUGACGAUGUUAUAAGCUCCCAGUAUAAAGACAACAGUCAUAUGAUUUCACUACAGCAGCAGAAUGAGAACAAUCCUAUGUGGGUUCAAGGGCCUGGUUCACGAACAAUGUCAGUUCCUCCCAGCACGUAUUACAGCUUCCAGGGACAGAAUCAACAACAACAACAACAAAGUGGAUUUCGGCAAAGCCAGCAGCCAUCACAGCAUUUUGCUGCACCCCAUGGAUAUCCUAAUUACUACCAUUCUCAGAGUGGAAUUUCUAUGGAACAUCAGCAGCAGAACCCUAGGGAUGCUCCCUUGCUGGCUCUCAAAGCCAACCACCUAAGCAGUCCCAACAACAGUUAUGGCAAAACAGUUACUAAUCCUAAUCACCUCCCGGUUUUUAAGGGGCUUGAUGUGAUGUCAGUUUGAGAAAAUGACCAUUCAAUCCGAGGCGUUCCCCAUUGGUCUAAAUGUUCCAUUGUUUGGUCUGAAUAGACCUGAUAUGGCCGCUGCCCCCAUGUGACGGAAGUUGUAUUCUACAUAAUUUAUGUGCUUGUGAUGUUAACUUAGGUUUUAAGUGUGCUAAUUUGUGUACUGCGUACAAUAGACCCUUUUUUUUUCCAUUUUACAAUUUUCUCAUCUUGUUAUAGUGAAAAUUUCGUAUUUUGGCUC